AGUAUCCACAGACCCCAUUCCCUCCAAUCACAGCCCACCACCUUCAGUGUCUGUCUGUCUCUCUCUCUCUCUCUCAGAUUUUAGCAAAAAGCUUAGAUUCAUUCCUUGGGCUGGGUACCUCUUUGCUUUUGAGCUUCUUAUUAGCGUUGUGGUCUCUCUCAUUCCAUAGGAGCAGUGCCUAUAUAUUUUCUUUUUCUUUCUUCUCUUUUCUUUGUUGCUCAUACCUGAAGGAAAAGGAGGAAAGCAGAGAGAUCUUUUCCCAGCUUUUUCUUUUUUCGCUUCUCCAACUCCCUCAGAGAAUCACUGUCUAACCUGUUUUCCCAUCUGGGUUUUCCAUUUCCACUUUUUUUCUUUCAAAAAUUUUAGCUUCUCUCUAGUUUCUUUUUCUUUAUUUUCCUACUCCUGCUUGGAGAUAUCGAAGAACUUGAAGCUCUAAAAAGAGAAGCUUUACUCAAGCUUUCAUCUUUUCAAAUUCUUGGCUUCUUCUAUCUCGGUUCCUGAGAAUUGUUUCUGGGUUUUACUGUCUUGCUAUAAGAAGUCUUCCCUGUUUGCUUCCCACGGAAGUUUAAGUGGGUAUAGAUCUCACUAGUGGUUCUAGGGUUCCAUCUUGGAAUGUUUUAAGAGUAUUUUUAGUUUUAUUAGAAAUGGUUUUUACUAAUUUUGUUUGAUUUUUAGAAAGUUGGGUCUUUUAUAGAUUCCUCAGGGGUAUGACUGCACCACGAAAAAAGCUAUUCUGAUUCCUUUUAAAUGCUUCCUGAUUUAACACUGAUAUUUUUGUGGCGAAACCUCUACCUCUCUGCAUUUCCUAUCUGGGUUCUUUUUCUUUUUUUUUUCCUCUGUUUCACCAAAUACAGCGCCUCUAGCCAAUUCUUCAUUUAAGAAUUUCAGAUUUGUUCCAAUUCUCUGGCAUGUUACAAUAGUUUUGCCUCUUAAUUGGACGCAAUGAAGUGGGAAAUGGAAGUUCUUUCGCCUGCAUCAUAUCAUUCAAGCACAAAUUGGCUAAUAGAAGAGAGCAAGAGCACCAAAUGGACUCCAGCAGAGAACAAGAUUUUUGAGAAUGCUCUAGCAGUCUACGAUAAGGACACUCCUGAUAGAUGGCACAGGGUUGCUGCUAUGCUUCCUGGGAAAACCGUUGGGGAUGUCAUAAAGCAGUACAGGGAAUUAGAAGUUGAUGUUAGCAAUAUAGAGGCGGGGCUGAUUCCAAUUCCUGGAUAUAGAACCUCUCCCUUCACAUUGGAUUGGGCUAGCAGUAAUACCUAUGAUGGCUUCAAACAAUCUUAUGCUCUUGGUGGGAAGAGAUCUCCGUCAGGUCGGCCCGCUGAUCAGGAGAGAAAGAAAGGAGUUCCAUGGACGGAGGAGGAGCACAAGUUGUUCCUGAUGGGCUUGAAAAAGUAUGGCAAAGGAGACUGGAGAAAUAUAUCGCGGAAUUUUGUUGUAACUAGAACGCCAACUCAGGUGGCUAGUCAUGCACAGAAGUAUUUUAUCAGGCAGCUUUCAGGAGGGAAAGAUAAGAGAAGAGCUAGUAUUCAUGAUAUAACAACUGUCAACCUUAAUGACGUGAGAACUCCAUCGCCGGACAAUAAAAGAUCACCACCUUCACCUGAUCAAUCUACUGUGCUUUCGCAGCAGUCCAAUGCUGUUGCCAUGCCUAGAACACAUUUUCAAUGGAAUCAACCCAAUAGUGAAGCAACCAUGGCUUUCAGUGCAACAAAUGGGAAUAUUUUCAUGGCUUCUCCUUAUGGAAUUAACUCAUAUGGGCUUAAAAUGCAAGCUCACAAUCUGCAUAGAGGUGCUGUUCAUGAAUCUUUUAUCGCACCUCAAAGUAUAGCUUUUCCGAUGCAAUCUGCACAGCACUACUCUUAUGGAUGAGAGUGCUAUGGCUUUGAUUUCUCCAAUGCCACCUCUUCUUGUAGUUUCAUUGGUAUAGCUGUGUCUGUGCUCUCCUUUUCAUUUUAACCCUUUUUCCUUUUUCUUUUUCGGGGAUCUUUUUGUAUAUGUCAUCAAGAAGUCAAGUUUAGUCCAUAGCUGGUACUUGAAACUUGAAGGAUAAAGGAUUCUGUUUUGCUUGGCAUUUCAAUCUGUUAAUUAUGAGACUGAGAGGGAAGAUUCUCCAAUCUGGGUAAUUCUUAAAUGUAGGAGUAGGAUCAUCCGUUCAAUGUAUAGAGUGGUGAGCUCUAUCCAAAUGAGCAUGGGGAAUGUGUUCAAUCGAUAUAUUUGUUGUAAAAGGGUGCAGAAAAUGAUUCUGAAGUAAGACUAGACUUCACAGUUCCCUGCUUGCUUGCCUGCCUGCCCCAUGAUCUGAUACCUUAAGAAAGUUCCUCCGAGAUAAGAUAAUAAGAAUGCGGAAAGAGAUUUGUAUGCAUCAAUAUGCCAACCUAUGGAAUUCCAAGCCCACGCAAAGAAUAUGAAAUAAAGGGAUCUGCACGAACUAAGAUGUCCAAGCAUCUUCAAUUAUAAGUUAAAAGCUUAGCAUUUUUAUAGCUAUUUCUAUAGUUGAUGAUGCAUAGUAAGGUCAUGAAUUCUAUGUGCAUAUUGUUAGUAAUGUAUAAUCUGUUAAAAAUAAUCAAGAAACUACUCAAUUGUA